UUAGUUACGUGUCACGUGUGUGAAGUUUGUGUUUGUGCGCGAUGGCUUUUCGAACUGCAAUGUCUUCGAAAAUACCUAUGGUGAUUAUAUUGGGUGCAACAGGAACGGGGAAAACUAAGCUAAGUUUGGAAUUAGCUCAAAGAUAUGGAACAGAAAUAAUCAGUGCCGACUCUAUGCAAAUCUACAAAGGGCUGGAUAUAGUGACAGCAAAGGCGUCCGAGACAGAACGCCAGCUUGUACCUCAUCAUCUGUUAGAUAUACUGGAGCCGCAUCAGAACUUCACCGUGGUCGACUUCAGAAACAGAGCUCUCAAAAUCAUAGAUAAUUUAACACAGCAAGGUAAAAUACCUAUAAUCGUGGGCGGUACGAAUUAUUAUAUCGAAUCGAUUGUAUAUAAAAUAUUAGUUGAAGACAUGGAUGACACGAACGCUUUGCUUUGGGAUUGCAGUAGACGCAAACGAGACUUCAUUGACCAAGAUCAUGUAGGGGGUAAAAAAAUGAAAACUAAUACCGAUGAUGAAGCAAUACGAAGUAAACAUGAGACAGUACCUGAUAACGAAGAGAACCAGGACGCACUGAUCGAAUUAAGGAAAAAAAUACAAGAAGAUGUUGAUAAUGAAGCUAAAAAGACAAAUGAAGAAGUGCAUGCUCUAUUGAAAAGUAUUGAUCCUGUUAUGGCUUCGCGACUGCAUCCUAACAAUAGACGUAAAGUUUUGAGGUCAAUUGAAGUCUGGUUGAAAUCUGGACGUCGUCACAGCGAGGUGUUGGACGAACAGAAGCUGAGUGAAGGAGAGAUGCGGCGACCUGGCGCCACCAUCCUGUUUUGGUUGAAAUGUGAACAGAGUAUUCAUGACGAAAGACUGAACGCAAGAGUGGAUUCUAUGAUAGAAGAAGGUUUGGUAGACGAGUUAUUGGACUUCCACGAUAGGCACAACAAGGAACGUAUGCAAGAUGGAAAACCCCCAGAUUAUACCAAAGGCGUUUUUCAAACACUGGGCUUCAAAGAAUUUCACGAAUAUCUGAUAUUGUCAGAGAAUAAGAGAAAUAGUGAUGAAGGAAGAAAGUUAUUAGAGCAAAGCAUUGAAAAUAUGAAAAUUGGUACAAGAAGGUACGCAAGAAGACAAAAUAAAAUGAUUCUAGGAAGAUUUUUACAGAUCCCCACAAGAGAGGUUCCUCCUGUAUUCGAAUUGGACACUACAGACAUAAACAAAUGGAAUGAAGAAGUACUUAACAAAGCAAUAUGUGUCAUAGACAGCUUUACAUCGAAUACGUGUUCCAAAUAUGAACCAUUAAAACCAAAAAUUAAUGAAGAGAAGUUAACACUUAAUGUACAUUCAUCAAAUUACUGUGAUGUGUGUAACAGACUUAUUAUAGGUGACAAGGAAUAUGCUAUACAUUUAGCUUCGAAUAAACAUAGAAAAGUUCUGAAGAAAAAGUCAGAAUUGGCUGAAGAAGAACUAGAACAGAAAUUACUUGCAGACUGACCAUUGGCGUUUUAUUUAUAAGGAUAAUUUGUUUAACAUUAAGUGUAUUAUGCAAGUUCUAUGUUAAAAUUGAUAGUAAAAAAAAUUAAAAACCAA